UUUCGCAAAGUCUACGAAUAUCAAAGAGAUGCAAGCAAUACCUGCAAACCUAAUACACGACAUUUGCUUUUCCGUCUGGCAGAUGUCUUUCUCCGAACUUGGGAUCUAGGGUUCACUGCAUUUGGAGGACCACCUGUACAUUUCCAGAUCUUGCAUCAGCGGUUUGUGGAAAGUAAAGGUGGGUAUGCUGCUUGGGUUGAUGAUCAAACUUACCAUGAGCUUUUCGCCGUGUCGCAAGCGCUGCCUGGACCGGCGAGUACAAAGAUGCUGUUUAUUCUGGUCUUGUACCAUGCUGGUCCCAUAUGUGCGGUUUUGGCGUUCUUUGUCUGGAGUCUUCCUGGUGCUGUGGGUAUGUUUUUGCUUUCCAUUGGUGUUGGUAGGAUUAGUGAGGUCCUGCCGGGUCCGGUGUAUGGCUUGCUAUCCGGUUUGAACGCAUCGACGGUCGGAAUUGUUGCUUUGGCAGCUGUACAGGUGACCAUCACUAAUCCUCUAUCUCGCAUCUUGGUCAUUUUUGGUGCUUGCGCUGGACUCUGCUAUACAGCAUUGUGGUACUUCCCCACUUUGGUGUGUAUAGGUGGUACAGUGGCAGGACUCUGGGAUCUCUAUCUCAGUCGUGCGAUUGGCAGAUUACGUGCCAAACAGCAUCAAAAACGCAUCAACGAACAGCGUAUUGUGGAAGAAAAUCAUUUAGCAGAAGUAACCAGUAUUCCCUUGCAGGACAUGUCGGCAGCACAGCCAUCAUCAUCACUGCGACGAAUGGCCAGAGAUGAAGCUACCGAAGUUGCGACCACGAAAACUCCAGCCGCCGAGCGUGUCAUUACAGAAGCAAUGCCAGACCUUCAAGACAACAAUCACACCUACUCAUUGUCUCUGUGGCAGAGUAUCGCAAUCGCCUCGCUCUUCUUCGUCUCCUUCGCCGUCACCCUCGUUGCCCGAGGUACUAUCACCUCUCCACCCUUACUCCUCGACCUCUUCGCAAACAUGUACCUAGCGGGCACCAUCAUCUUCGGCGGAGGCCCUGUCGUUAUCCCUCUUCUCAAAGAAUACACCGUCCAACCGCACUGGGUCUCAUCCCGCGACUUUCUCAUCGGUCUCGCCAUCAUUCAAGCUUUUCCCGGUCCAAACUUCAACUUUGCAGUCUACCUCGGCGCUCUGACUAUGCGUGCUUCAGACACCGCACAAGGAUUAUCCGGCGCAGUGAUAAGCUUCCUCGGUAUUUUUCUUCCUGGUCUCACUCUCAGCGCCGCCGCAACGGGUGUUUGGCGCAUCGUACGCACAAAAGCUGUUGUGGCGAGUGUGCUCCGCGGUAUCAACGCCACAGCAGUGGGGUUGGUGUUUACCGCUGUUUAUCGCCUUUGGGAGAUAGGAUACCUGACUCCGGAGUCGGGGCAGGGUAAGAGUUUGGCUAAUGAGCCUUGGUGGGUUGUUGUUGCUGCGGUGGCUUAUUCGGGAGCUGCGUGGUUUAGGGUGCCGCCUGCGGUCGCCAUUGUUUUGGGUGCGGUGUUGGGGUUGUGUUGGUAUGGUGCUGUUGGGAAUAGGCAUUUGGGGGUC